AUUCCACAAUAUAUUGGCGGGAAAACAAAGCCAAAGAAACAAGAAACCCCACUAGACCCUCCCUCCUCUUGCCGUCGUUCCGUUCCGAUGUCGCAAACUGAAACCCUAUCUUUGAUUCACGAGAUUGAAUCUCUCGUUUCAGAUCAACUCCAAGUGGUUUCAUACAAAUGGCUUAGUCGCAGUUAUAUGGUAUCAUCUGAUGAAGCAAAGAGGUUGCUUCAUGAAUUUGUUCAAAAACAUGAGGGUGGGUUGGAAGUGGUGUAUGCUUUGUCUGGCUGGUUAAAGAGUACUCAUCCUAGCUACCACAUAAGGCUUGUUGCUCAGCCAAAACUUGCAGAAGCACAGCAAGAGUUUGAUGGGCAUUGCUCGGUCCAGGUAUAUAGUGUGCAAGCUAGCAUUCCAAAGGAUCCAGCUGUGCUUUGGAAUGCAGAAUUCAUUCAAGCAGAAGAGCUCUUCAAGCAGCCCCCCUCGGUUGAUAAUUGCUUGAGAGACAAUCGGUUUUGUGGGAUCUCAAGUUCUUUUGUAAGAAGGAACGUGGAUGGCCAACCAGCAGUUUCUGCCACAAAGAACACAGCACCCAUUUCUAUUGCUAAAGUUGAUCACACAUCACAGAAUGUGGUGAAAAAUGUCAAGAGCGAAAUCAAUGGUACAGGAAAUAAAGGAGUUCAUGAUAACAUAAGUAAACCUAUUGCAGAGAAACAAAAGUCCCUUCCAGUGCCCACAGGCAAAAAGAAAGGGCAGGCUGAUAAAAAUAGCUCUGCUACUGGAGGUUCGUUGGCAAGCUUUUGGGGCCGUCCAUCUACAAAACCCAAGCCUUGCUCUGUGCCAGCUGAAAAUAGUAACCUGAUUUCAAAUCCAGCUGAAGCUACUGAAAAUGCCCAAACUUGUGCUCAUGAAACAGUAGAUUGUGACAGUGAUGAUGAUGACAAUCAAGGUGUCAUCUUAAGAAGACCAUCCAAUAGGAAAAGGAGAGUUGUUUUUGAUUUAUCAGAUGAAGAUGAAGAUAUCAUCAGUUUAGCGUCACCUGAUGUCCCUAGUAAACAGCCACCUCAAGAUUCCAGACAAAAUGACAAAAAGUCAUUAGAGAAAACCACCUUGAAUUUUGAUUUGCAGGUAGAGCAUAAACCAUUAGUUAAGGAAGAGAAAGCAACUGAGAAAAAAGUUUUCCAACCACCAAGAGAAGAUUUAUCAAUUAUGAGCAAGUGCACAAGUAAUGGAAAAUCAUCUACUGAGAAGCUGCAGAGUAGUGCUCCUGAAAUUUCUGUAAAUAAGGAUAGUGUAAAAAAGGCCGCUCCAGGUUCACCUAAGAGGAGAAAAGUGAUGAAAACCAGGAUUGAUGAAAAAGGGAGAGAAGUAACUGAAGUAGUCUGGGAGGGGGAGGAGACAGAGCCAAAGAAAGCUGAUGCGGAUGCAGCAAAGAAAGCUGAUGCGGGUGCAGCAAAGAAAGCUGACAAUAAAGCAUCUACCAAUGCUAUCAACAGUGCACCGGCAACUAAGAAGCCACCAGCUACAUCAAAUGCUACUGGUAAAGGAGGAAGCAAGAAAGCAGGAAACGCAAAGGAUCCCAAGCAGGGCAACAUUCUUUCAUUUUUCAAGAAAGUAUGAGACCAUCUUCCCAAAGAGUUACAAUAUUCAAGGGACGAUCCUUCUAGUAGGGAUAAUUCAUCAAUGACACACCUUUGUGACUGUGAGGAUUUUGUAUUACGUAGAUCUAGUUCUAUUUUAGUUUGGGUGCUUCCUUGUAAUAUUUACUCCGGAUAACUAAAAUACCUUAAACGUGUAAUGCUUUUUUAAUAUUCUUUUUCCUAUCACAGAAAGUUGUUUCCUGCUA